GGGAAGCGGCAUUCUCAAAACGGAUUCGCGCAGAGAGAGGCCAACAAUUUUUUCCUUCUUGAGCUUGCAAAGCAGCUUUCUCGGCACUCUUCUGACUUGUUGCCAGUCACGCAGUAGGGUGGAGUUUCCCACCGUCUUUUGAGAUGCGUGAAAAAGCGAAAUAAGUGGUUAUUUAGAAGACGGGAGGGGGGAAGUAAGCCCUUCAAAAAUCCACAGCAGGGCAGUACUUUUUAUUGGGACCAACCAAAAUGUCGCAGAACAGUGAAGUUUCGAGAUCUCGGAAACGGGCAAGGUGUCACACAAAGCACCGGGUGGGGGAGAAAGUGUGGGGUUUUGUGGCUGGAGUACAGGAUCCGAUUUUAUUCUGUGGCUGGGAGCACAGCUAAAGGGGCAGCAUGCCAGCAGCCUCCAUGGCCCAAGAUCCAGAAAAGCUUCAAGCAGAGGUGGAGCGACUGGUGGCUGAGCUGCAGGAGGCAACCCGAGAAAAAGUCCAGGCUGCACAAUAUGGGCUGGCUGUCCUGGAGGAAAAUGGCGAGCUCAAGCAGCGCUGUGGUGAGCUGGAAGGCCAGUUGGAGGUGCUGCGCAUGGAGCUGGUCCACAUGAAGGAGGCUUUGGCAGAGUCCCACAGCAGUCACAAACGGGCAGCAGCUGACGGCGAGAGCCGAGAAGAAUGUCUGCUCAGAGAAACUGCUUCCAAAGAAGCCUGUCUGACUCAGACCAUUGAGGAGCUUCAGAACAAUGUAAAGCACCUGAGAUCCCAGCUGGACAACAAUGGGGUAGAAAAUGAGCGUAUUGGUGUGGCUCUGCGGGACUUGAGGAAGGAACGUCAAAUCCUAGAAUCCGAGAAGGCCAGGCUAUGUGAGGAGAUGAAACAGGUCAAGACGCGGGAGCUGUGUCAGUUGCAGGACUGUGCUGAGCUUGAAGAGGAGAACAUCUCCCUGCAGAAGCAGGUCUCCGUGCUCAAGAGCAGUCAGGUGGAGUUUGAGAGCAUCAAGCAUGCCCUUAGCUGCCGAGAGGAAGAGCUGGUGCUUGCUGGGACUCAGCUACUGGAGCUGGGUCGUCUCCGGGACCUGGCAGAACACCAGCUUCAGGAGGCACUAGAGGCUCUGCAGGCAGAGCGUGAGCAGAAGCAGGAAUUGCGGCGAGAGCUGGCCAUCAGCACAGGAGGGCGCCAUGACUCCCUAAGCAGCUUGCAAGCCAACCUGGAAGAGCUUAACCACAGCCGUGCAGAGGAGCAGGAUAGUGGCUUUGCCAAUGCCAGUAACAUUGGGAGCAUGGCUUCCACACCCCACAGCAUCCGGCCUGCACCUGGUCUUGUGGCAGACCUUUUCAGUGAGCUUAACUUGGCAGAGAUUCACAAACUGCAGCAACAGUUGCUCCAGGCAGAAAAUGAGAAGGCCUCGCUUGCCUCAGACCUGCAGGACCUUAAGAAACAGCUGAGCAGCACACAGGAGGCUCUAGCCCAGCAACAGCUGUGCAACAACCAGGAGGUGGAGCAGUUUCAGACCCUGGAUGCUGGCCCUAGCAGUGGCAGGGACCACCCAUCACCCUGUGAGAAGGAGCGCUUCCAUGAAGAGUUAGAAAAGGCCCAGCUGGCAGCCCGGCAGGAGAGGGAGGCAGCUGCUCAGUUAGAAAUGGAGCUGCGGGUUGCCCGAAGGAUGGCACGGGAGAGUCAGUCACGGCUGGCUCAGGCCCAGGAGGAGCUCCUGGGUUUUUCUGAGGAGAUGGCCGCUCUGUAUCAUCAUGUCUGUGCCUGCCACAGCAUCACCCCUCAGCGUGUUGUGUUGGACUAUUACCGGGAAGGUCGUGGAGCCCGGAGCAUGUGCAGAAGACGGUCCUCCCGAAAACCCCUGCUCACAGAAAUGGAGACAAGUAGCAGUGGGGACCAGUCCCCAGCCAGCAGCCCCAGUUCUCCCUGUGGGUUGGAGCCCCUCAAUGUGGCCAACCUGACUGCCAUCUUGCGAGAACAACUAAGGCACCUGCAGGUGGCGCUCUCCCUGGUGCAUCAGCAGGGCCUGAUGGGGCACAGUGCCGAACUGGAACGUGACAAGGAGGCGCUGGUGGAGGAGGUGCUGAAGCUGAAGUCCUUGCUGAGUACUAAGCGGGAGCAGAUCGCCACCCUGCGCACAGUACUCAAGGCCAACAAGCAGACAGCAGAGGCCGCCCUCUCAAACCUUAAAGGCCAAUUUGAAGGCGAGAAGGUGCUGGUGUCGGAGACCAUGGCCAAGCUGCGUCAUGAGCUGAAAGCCUUGAAGGAGGAUGCUGCUACUUUCUGCUCCCUACGUGCCAUGUUUGCCAGCAGGUUAGGAACAGGGGCAUCCCAGGGAGUUGUGUCUAUAGUAGAGAAGGGACAGAGGUUGAAGUGGGGCUGGGCUGGCAUUGAGCCUUUGAUCUACUGCUGCUCCUGUUUCAUGUUGGAAUUGUGCCACUAUCCUCACACGAGUGCUGAAACUGAGGACUUGCCAUGUAGAUUGGGAGAAUCAAGUAAUUGUUAUAUUGACUGGUUGUGGUCUAGGAAGGCUGGUUUCACACGAUACAGAGCUGGUUUCACACGAUACAGAGAGACAUGGAAAGCUGCUUAGACCCCAGUAGUCACACAAGAGAAGGAAGCUGCGGGGGGUGAGGUAAUGCUCUUUGAGGGGGUGCUGAAGUAAAACAGAACUCCAACUUGUGCAAUGUUAGUCAUAUUCUGUGACACCAAAUAUGUAGAGCCUAUAUAUUGCACAACAUAAAAGAAUUUUUCUUAGAUUCCUCAUAACUUGUUUUGACAGUUGGCCAAACUAUUCAUAUUAUUGAAGCCCUAUUCCUAUAGCUUCUGAGAUACAGUAUUGCCAGGCAUUGCUCGUGCCUUUUCCAAUAUACUUUCACAACCAUAAGGACUAGAAACCACCCUUAAUUUAAAGGGAGCCAAGAUUUCGGCAAGCAAUGAUUAGUGUCCAGUGGGAUAUUCCAUUCUUUUUCUGGCAUUUGAUGGGAACCUGAGUAUAUGUAAUUAAUUCAGCAGAGUUCUUCAUUUAAAUAAUGAAGACUUCAUUAAAACAUUGUUCUUCAUAAAAUAUAGUUUCAGAAACACAGGCUCGGUUAUAGAAACACAGAGGUGUUCUUGAUUGUCAGGUUACACAAACUGGACAGAGACUUGAGCCUGGAAUGGCAGUUACACUAUGGCAGUUGGGAUGUGACAUUUACAGCCUGCCUUGCUGUCCCUGCUCCCAUGUGUCUUUGUCACAUGACAUAUUCAUUCUUUUUCUGGCAUUUGAUGGGUAUAUAUACCUGAGUAUAUGCAAAGCACUGAGAGCUGGUGUAAGGCCUGCCCAGGGUUCUGUGGUAUUGAUCCUUUUUGACACUCGCCUUGAACUCACCACCUCCAUCU